GCCAAGAAUCGAUUUGUCUGGUUACGGGGAUCUCCUGGGACGGGGAAGACUGCCAUAGCCAUGAGUGUUGCAUCCACCCUCAAAGCACAAGGCACUCUGGCAGCAUCCUUUUUUUGGGAUAAAAACCAGACCGGAUCAGGCCUUGAUUCUACUAAACAGUUCCCUUCCACGCUUGCACACCAACUUGCAUGCUUCAAUGAGGACUUCAAGAUGUCACUUGUCAGGUGCCUUCGGCAGCAAGAUCUGCAAUUGGUCCAGGAUCUGCCUCUGGACAAGCAACUGAAAUCUCUUGUUAUCGAGCCUAUGCGUAAUCUGACAAAGAUACUGCCUUCUGGGAAAGAUCGCCCUGUCAUUGUCUUAGAUGGUUUGGAUGAGUGUGGAGAU